UGUCGAGCAGGUUGUUUGGGGCGCUUUCGACGAGGUGGAGCGUCUCAACUACGAAGUGGAGCAGCUGCAGGUGGCCGAGGAAACCGAAGGAAAAGCCCGGAUCUCCCGUCUGCAAAGCCGGGUCAAGGCGCUGGAGACGAGGAGUGCUGAGCAAGACGCCCAGCUCGCUCAGCGCGCAGUCCGUCUCAAAACUUUGAAAGAGACGAGCUACGACGGCGAGUUCGUGUGGAAGAUUUCCGGUAUGGCUCAAAAGCGCCGCGAUGCGACAGUUGGUAAAACUACAGUCAUCGAUUCUGUGUGCUUCUUCACCAGCCGCGCGGGAUACAAGAUGCGCGCACAGGUGUACUUGAACGGGUACGGCAGAGGGGAGGGCACACACGUCAGCGUCUUCUUCGUCAUGAUGAAGGGAGAAUACGACGCCAUUCUGUCCUGGCCUUUCCGUCAGAAGGUGACAUUCACACUACUAGACCAGGACCACCAAGCAGACGUGACGGACUGGUUCCAUGCCGGUGCCUACCCGACCAGCCCGUCCUUUGCGCGGCCCACCGGUGACUCCAACCUGCCCUGCGGGACUCCCGACUUCGUGCCGCUGGAGCGGCUGUACAACAGCGGGCACGCAUACGUCAGGGACGACACCAUGUUCCUCAAGAUCACCGUGGACACUGUUGGACUGGUCUAAUAUAGCCUCCACAAGGCCUUCUUCCUAUGGGGGUGCGGGGAUCGUAGAAUUCGCAAAAAAAAAUCGGGAAAUUGGCCAGGGGAGUCAGUCCACGCGUAGGUCCAUGUUGCUGCGCGGCCAACCAACUCCUCUGGUAGCAAAACUCCAUUGGCAAAUUAUUCUCCCUACAAUAGCGAGCGUAGUCAGUUUGGUAGAGACUAGGUCUAAUAUUGGGAAAUACACACAUAGGGGCCAUGGUGUACAUACGAUAUCCUUACCGAGAAAUAAGGUGCACAACUGAAAUUUCGGGGCAUAAUCAUUAAAGACUUAUAUUAAUGCCUUAUAAUUAUGCUCCGAAAUUUGAAAUGUUUACCUUAUUUACUUUAUUUGUUAGUGAGGCUCAGAACUUAUUGAUCAUCCCUCGUAUUGAAGACCCUACAGAUAUGGUAGCUUCAUCAACUUCAACAAACUUCAGUACUAGUUUCAUGCUAGAAGUUGUAUAACUGUCGGGAACAGUGGUUGCCUCUAGUAUCAGCCUCCUUUAUGCCUCCAUCUGCUUCCGUUUUCUUUAAUAUCUUUCGUUUUUUAGAAUAGAUUCAGAUAUUACUGUAUUCGCGUACUGAGUGAGUCUAUACAAUGGUACUGAAAGAAAAUGAUGGAAAGUGUUCAAAUGGAAAGAACAUGAAAGAGAGAAUGUAUAUAGCAAAAGUUUUUUUAGCGGAGUAAUGAUUUAUAUAGUUUGAUAUAGAUUUGAAUUUUUCUUGUGCAAAAUGCUGGUAAGGCUAACGUCACAUU